GGCUGUGUCAUUUGACUUUUUUUCUCUCCCUCUCUCUCUCUCCCUCCCUCUCUCUCUCUCUUGUGCGUGCGUGUGUGUGUCGUGCAAUAAUGGGAGGAAGUAAAGAAAGACGGAGAAGAAAAAAAGGAAACAUUAGCUAAGAUCAAAUGAGGUGCAACACUUUGAUGGCAUAACAAACUAAAAGGGAAUGGACAUUUGGAUGACAGUUUAGUCCGACUUAUGUGUGUCAUUUCACCACUGGGAAGAUUUUCUGUGUCACAUAUGUAGGUCGGCAAGGAAAAUAUCACAUUUCUUUUAGUCAUGACUUUCGAUUAGAAAGUUGCAAGUCUGAACAUCGUGAUUAUUAUAUUAAUAAUUAAGCGAAUGUCUUCAAGUCCGACAAUCACGAGUGCAGUAUUUUCACAUGCAUAUCAAGUUUAAGUAUUAUUCUUUAGAUUGACAUAGACUCUAAAUGUACAGAUAUUAACCAAAAAUCGUGUAAAGUUGUUUUCUGAAAUUCGAUUCAAAAAAUAUUUCUCGAGCAACUGAGUCUUUUUUAUCAAUAUUUGUGAACAUUUUCUCUACACCUUAAGUUCUAGAGUUCUGCCUUGUGAUGAUAUGUCUCUUUCAAUAAUAUAUUUUCCCCAGACUCUACUUACAAGUACUAGAUAUUGAACUAGUCUUUAGAUCUAGAUCUUAGUUUGCAGUUAAAGAACAACAAUACAGAUAUAGAUCUGGUAUAGCACUAAAUAUAUCUCUCCAUCUAGCUGUGACUUGGUUUAUUCGAUAGAUAAAAUGACAAAUCUGGAAAUGAUUCUAGCGUCUAUUGUGUUCAUUCUGAAAGUUCAAACCGUGAUACCGUAUCAGUAUAAAAUACCCAUAGGACUUAUAUUUGACAAGAGUAACAAGGACAUUGAGAAUUACGUGAAACAACACAUCCGGCAGACGAAUGAGAAAAACGUUUUCUUCUCUUUAGAGCCAAGGAGCCACAAGACAGACACCAGUGACAGCUACAGCGUUUCUAGAAUUUUAUGUUCCAUGUUGACGGAGGGAGCAGUAACAGUCAUCGGCGACAUCAGACCGGCAGCCCUGCAGACUGUCUUAGACUACGCCAACGAGACACAGAUACCGUUCAUAUUUUUGAACAACCCUGCCGACCCCAAGAAGCUGGACGAUGCCAGGAUGGCGCCUCAGAUCUAUAUUGAACCAAGCCUGACUAGAACUAUCGUUGAUAUCAUUCAUAACCUGUAUGGCUGGGAUCGAAUCUAUUAUAUCUAUGACACAGUCGACGCCAUACAACGUAUCGAACAGAUCCACGACUACUUUCAUGACUAUCCCUACGCCACCACUGACAUCAAGCCCUAUGAACUGGGUCCGAGGGACUCGUGCUAUGACGUGCUGGUCAAGUUAUACAACCUGAACAGGGGCGAACCCUUGAGGAUCAUCCUGGACAUAGACCCCAUUCAAGCCGAAUCGGCGAUGGCUAAAAUUAUAAAUGAAAAAGACAUUUAUAAAGUUCGUUUUCAUUUUCUGUUACCCUUCUUGAGCUUACGUUCCAUUGCCUUGGAGUCCUUCAAAACUGGAGGCGUCAACAUCACAGGCUUUGAGAUCUUCAAGGACGGAAAGAUAGUACAGUACAAGAGAGACAAACUCAAGACUAUCAAUGUCUACGACCACAUCGCCUCUGACACACUCGGUCUCCUGGUGGACUCCCUCAGAACGCUGCAGAAGAGCCAGGGCUCCGUGAAUGUGUUUGCCGAGGUCAACGGCUGGCCCCACAACCAGGAGAAGACCUGUCUGCCCCAACUGAGGGGAAAGUGGAAAUAUGGCUCGACUUUAGCGCAAGUGUUGCACAGGACAAAAAUGGAUGGGAAAAGUGGUAACAUUAAUUUCCACGCCACUGGUCAGAGAAUAAACUACAGCGUGGACGUUCAAGAGGUGACCAUGUAUAAAGGGAUAUCCAUCCUGGGAACUUGGCAUUCAAGAGACGGCUUCAAUGUCUACGGAGAAGAGCAGGUUCUAGACAAGGCCAACAGAACCAUAGACAACAGGACCAGAAUCGUGACGUCUAUAGACGAAGAGCCCUACUUGAUGGCAGCUCUAGAAGUCACAGACGGAAUCCCGCUCAUUGGGCGCUUCAGGUUUAUUGGCUACUGCUCUGAUCUGGCCGAGAUGGUGUCUCGUAACGUUGGUUACGAAUAUCACAUCCGGUUUGUCAAAGACGGGGAGUAUGGGAGGAAGCAGAAAGACGGCACGUGGAAUGGCGUCAUUGGGGAGCUGAUUAAACACGAUGCAGAUAUCGCGAUAGCCCCACUGACAAUAACAUCUGACAGAGAGAAGGUUCUGGACUUCACCAAGCCAUUCAUGAGUUUGGGCAUCUCUCUGAUGAUCAAGAAACCCGUCGAGACGGACCCUCAUGUCUUCUCCUUCAUGCGACCUUUAUCACAGGAAAUAUGGCUUUGUACGAUCUUUGCCUUUAUUGGUGUGAGUGUCGUGCUGUUUCUAGUGAGCCGCUUCAGCUCCGAGGAGUGGCAAGUUGACUCCGAGUCCAAGCUGGAGAACGACUUCACCAUAGGAAACAGUUUGUGGUUUUCCUUGGGAGCCUUCAUGCAGCAGGGAUGUGACGUCCUCCCUAAGUCCGUGUCAGGACGCAUAGUCACCAGCGUCUGGUGGUUCUUCACCCUCAUCAUCAUUUCGUCCUACACAGCCAACCUGGCAGCCUUUCUCACCACACAACGAAUGAGCGGAAGCAUUAGAUCUGCCGAGGAUCUGGUCAAGCAGACAGAGAUCAAAUAUGGGCCUUACAGGGGUGGAAGCACCUACAUGUUUUUUAAUCAAACCACAGUGUCCCUCUAUCAACGAAUGUGGUCCUUCAUGACGUCACAGCCGGAUGUUUUCGUCAAAGACAACGACGAGGGCAUCAAGCGAGUCCGUGAGAGCAAUGGCCAGUACGUGUAUCUUAUUGAGAGCACCUUGAACGAGUAUUACAGCUCCAGAUUGCCGUGUGACACAAUGAAGGCAGGAAAUAACUUGGACUCCAAGGGUUAUGGGAUCGCCACGCCCAUGGGCUCUGACAUCAGAGAUAAAUUAACCCUGAGUAUACUCCAGCUGAGAGAGGACGGCAUCUUGGACGAGCUGAAGAAGAAAUGGUGGAUAGAGAAAUCACAGUGUCCACUGGAAACAACAUCCAAGGAUCCGGACGCAUCUCUAACGCUUUCGAAAGUAGCUGGUAUCUUUUACAUUCUGGUGGCCGGGCUGUCCUUGUCUGUCAUCUCUGUGGUCCUGGAGUUUCUGUACAAGACAAAAGUUGACUCCAACAAGCAAAAUAUUUCCUUUGGGUCAGAAGCAAGAUCUAAAUUUAGAUUGUCCAUCAGCGGACAUUCAGAAGAUGACACUAAUGAACAACGAACACCUCUGCGAGCUUCUACAAAUAUGUCAUCCCACGAAGAGACUACAGUUUACAGUAAAACCCAGACGGUUGUAUAAAGACAUUAUUUCCGAAGUGUUUCUCCUGGGUUGUGAUAUGUUUCAUUUGUUCUCUUCUCUUUAAAGUUCAACUUUUUAAUUUCAUCACGAGCAGCCUUUGAAUUGAUUGUAUUCAGGAUUAGUCACUGCUAUUUAUAGAAGCACUAACAUUUUUUUGGUAUUUUCCCCUUAUUUAUUUUUUUUUAGUUUUAAAUAGAUCUACCUACCAACCUAAAUGUCGUUAGCUUCCAGUCUUCGUAGCCUUGUGUAAUUUUCAAUUUUCAGCCUGUAUUUUAUAUCAAAUGUAGUUUAUUUAAUGUAUUUUAUACUUUAUAAGAUUACUUUGUCCAUGAAUGUAUAAACUAUUUCAAUUGUUUCACUUUGUGUUGUAUUUAUGCAAAGACAAUAUAAAUCUAGCAACAAAUGGCAGAUCAUUAGUGAGUCGACAGAGUUCUACCGCUAGUUGAUUAUGUUAAUAUAUCCAUCAGUUUUAUAGAGGGCAAGGUAAAAGAAAUGGCCAGAAACAAAGCAAAGAAAAAACAAGGUUACAAAGACAGUUUGUGUGGAGACACAAAAUUCAAAAUAGGCCCCCGAAGUGGUCCACCUAGGCAGUUAAAAAGGCAGGUUUCAUUAUUUUCAGAAAGAACAUCAGAAUAAAAUUCUAUCAAAGACAAAUGACAGAGAAGAAUGGAGAAAGAAGGUUGACGGAUCUUGUGUGGUGCCCCAGUUGUCCACAGACCAAAGGAUAGUUGAAAGUGAAUGUGAAGUUAGAUGUGAACUUGGCCUAACUAAUAUCUUAUAAUGAAUGUAUAAUUGAUCUAAUUGUUUUGUAAAGAGAGAAUCUCUUAUUCCUCAAGAAAAAAACACUCCCGUAAAAAAAAAAUGCUUUAGUUCAGUGUUCUAUAGUGUAACGGCAGCGCUGCAGUUCACGCAAUAAUAUGAAACCCUACUUAUUAAUUGUUGUUUUAAAUUAUGUCCAAUCUAUAUGCAUACUAAAUAGAUUUUUUCUCUUUAAAAAAAGUUAACUUUUUUUGGUGUAAAUGAAGUAGUUAGUAUAGCAAAACUCACUUAACUUAGCAAUACAAAUGUAAAAAAAAAAAUAAUUGUUUGACAAAAAACCAAAAACCGUUUUGCAUAAAUGUGUUAAAAAUAUAGUUAUCCCCUACUAAGGAGCCUCCUGUGAUGUUACUAUUAAUAGUGAAUAGUUGUAUAAGUGGCGUAUUUUUUAUGAAAAAAUUGCUUGCAUAAGUGAUUUAAAAAAUUAAAUUUUUCGCUUUCAGAAAAGAAAAAAGUAGUCGUUGCAUCAGAACUUUGAAUGGUCUAAAAUAUUAUGAUGUCGGAUUCUCACUAUCUUUUCUAGUUUACGAGAUCUAAACGGGACGGACGGACAGACAUUCCUCACUAAACUAAUAGCAUCUUUUUCGGGGACCGUUAAGUGUACAGUGCCCGUUUUAAUUAGUUAAAAAACGUUAAAAACUGGUCAUAAGAUUUCUCACAAAGAAUGCAAAUUGGAAGAGGAAACACUAUAAACACAUUAGUAACAUGUCAAAAAAUAUCAAAAAGCAUUCUACAUAAUCAUAUUUAUAUAUUAGGUGAAAUGAGAGCUUAAAGAAAAAGCCUUAACAGCACAAUUAUACAAUGAAAAAAGAAAAAUAUUUAAUUGGGGAUGAAGUGACCAGGGGAUGAAAUGACCGGAGAUGAAGUGACCGAGGAUGAAAUGACAGGUCACCUACUAAAAAGGGAAGCCACUUUUACAAGUUACUUGAAGAGUUGAUAACUUUAUAUUAACUCUUUCUCUCCGCAUGUAUUUGCCUCGUUCUGAUAGAAUUAUUCAUUUCGCUCAUUUGUAUUUCACUGUCUUGUUAGGAUUAAACUUAAAUAACGUUUUUGUUUGUUAUCAGAAAAUGUUAUAAUUGAUAUUGAAUUAUAGGAGAAUGCAUGCUCUUUUUACAUAACACAAAUUAAAGCUUUUAAAUCCAAAACAUCAAUUUCGUUUAAAGGGGUUAAAUCAACGUUCGCUUUGUCAAUUAGGAGAGAAAAGUUAAUUUGAUCCGUUGUUUUGGGAGAAUGAGCACAAGUAAGGGAAACUUUUGCUGCUGUUCUUGUCCUUAUAGCUGCCUCUUACGUCCAUCACAGCUAAACUGUUAUGAAUUUUUAGCCUUGUCAUCUUUUAUCUAAUCUUGUAAAUUACAAACUUUCCUUACAAACUGAAAACAAAGACGUACAGUACGUAUCCGUAUGUUAAAUCUAGUCGUCCAUAUCAAUUAGAGCUUUAACAUUCUGCUACGUUAUUGGUUUUCCAGACUGUUGUAGCUACACCAAACGUAUAACCAAUAAUUAAUGGAUAACUUGAACUCCAAUUUACAAAUAAAUGAUGUGGAAUUUGUAGAACAAUAAAUAAGAGGAUAUAAAUCCAUUUGUUUGGAACAACCGAUUUAAAUGUUCUAUAAAUGCCUAUUCAAUAGUUUAUGUCUGUAUGUCUCUCUCUCUCCCUCUCUCUCUCUCACAUACUUUCUAAUUUCCAAUGGCUAUAGUCUAUGUCUGUCUGAAUAUCUCUCUCUCUCACACACACAUACUUUCUAAUUUCCAAUGGCUUACCAUUUUCUCGAUUUAAAGUUAUGUACUUUGUAUAAAUUUUUCAUCUUAUAUUUUUCAUGACAUCAUUUCUGACCAGUAUUUAUCAAUAA